GCCGAGUGAAGUGUUGCACCUUAAGCGGUUGCUCUUGGCUCUUUUUAUUAAGAGUAGGGGCUUUGCCUUUAUAACCGAACCCACUUGCUUUUAAUUUUGUAGUUGAGCUAGAUCUUUUGUGUCGUGUACUAUUUUUUGUUCUUCAUCAUGUGGGUACGGGGAUACACGUUGAUAGCGGGCUUAUUAUUAACAACAACCGCCGCUGAUAAAAAAGUUAAUCUUGAGGAUAUUGAGAGGGAUAAUCUUCGCUCGGAGGAAAGAUCCGGCAGUUCUACGGUGAGCUUCCAGCAAAAAAGCUACCAAGUUAAGCCGGAAACAGAUAGUGAGGAUUAUCGAUCAAGUAGUCAUCAGUAUCAGGCUAUCAGAGGAUUGGGAUCUUACUCAACCGCUAAACCAUUGCGCGAUUACGAUGCCGACAGUUACGUGCAAGCAAACAAGGCGAACUCGGACUAUCAGCGGCAACCAGAAACUGCUAAUGACAACGGUCAAUCUUACUCUGAUUACUCAGAACAAAUAGAUGUCGUGCCAAAGGGUCAUUCGAAGUCUAAUUAUCACCAGCAAGAGCCCCAAUUUUAUUUCAAGCCGGAAGUAACUGUCGGCAAUCAGUAUCAAACGAUUCAGCAGAAAGCCGCGACAGAAAAACAUCUACAUGGAUAUAAAAGUACUGUUUACGUUCCGAUGAAUCAAUUGCUCGCGUACUAUUCGUACUUGUCGGGUCAUGGGUCGCAGAGUAAGCCGCUGCAUUCAUUGGCGAGCACAACAGGAGCUGGAUCCGAUGGAGGACAGCAAAUAUCUAUUCCUAUUUAUACAUCAGAUCACUACAGUCGUACUCCUAUUUACAUGCCAUCUAAGCUGUCAUACAAUCCUCAGCUGCAGUAUAUUACAUACGCAUCUCAAUAUCCUUCGCACACACAAGCUAUUAUACCUUCCAAGAAGAAGGCAAGUAAAUUGUACUCGCACGUGAGCGCGUCAUCAAAAGACCUACUAACCGGUACGCAGAGUGUAGGAGCGCAACCGCAGAGCCAGUAUUUCCAUCAAGAAUUGAUUUACCCGGAGCAGUACACGGCUACGGCAACACAUCAGGUGCAACAGCACCCGCACGGUAAAUCCUAUUCCAGUGCACCGAUCGCGACUUACUCUCAAAGUAAUUCCCAACCGCAGACAAGUCAUUUGGAGCAGUACUAUCGCUAUAUUACCCCGGAACAGUUGCAGUACUUGGUAUCCGCUAAAACAAUUUAUCACGACGAGCAGCCUGACUACCAGAGUCUACAAGCUCCAGAAGACGGUUUUAUGCCUCCACAAUUGCCAGCCAAGAAUUUUAAGUCAUCGUAUCCAUCAGCUAGUAGUGAAAGUACGCGAUUACAUUAUUUGCAAAAUCACCUGAGUCAUUCAUCCUCAUCAGAACCGAAAUCGCUUCUCGAUUCUUAUGUACCCAGUCAUAUUAUCGCUGCGCAAGAUGCUGAAAGAUAUCGCGAAAGACCAAUUAAACUUGAAAGCGGUUUCCUUCCGUCGAAAAUAAAUUUCAUCCAUUCUUACAAAAAACGAAAAACUGAAUAAAUUUUUUUUUUUUUAUUUUAGUUUCACUAGA